GCGAACAUUAUCCCAUGCCGACGCUAGAAGAUGUAGCUCCACAUCUGCACGGCGCCAAGUUUUUUUCGACAUUGGAUGCGUCAUCGGGCUUUUGGCAAAUAAAGUUGUCUGAGGCAAGUUCGCACAUUUGUACCAUGAGCACCCCUUAUGGCAGAUACAGGUUUCUGCGCAUGCUGUUCGGAAUUUCCACAGCCCCAGAAGUAUUCCAGCGCGCAAUGCACGGUGUCCUAGAGGGCCUAAAGAACGUAGCAGUCGUCAUGGACGACAUUUUAGUUUGGGGAACCACGAUACAAGAACAUGACGCGAACCUAAAAAACUUACUGGAACGCUGCGAGAGACGCGAUCUCAAGUUGAACCUAAAAAAGGGUCAUUUUCUGCAGGACCAAGUACGGUACCUAGGUCACAUUUUGACGACUGAAGGUCUGAGCCUAGACCCAGAACGAGUCGAGGACAUCCUUGCUGUUCCGGAGCCCAGAGACCUUUCAGAUGCACGGCUCCACAACAACCUCCAGGCGACAGAAAACGACGCGGCUUUCAUCCAGCUCCGAAAGUAUGCAUCAGCAUCCUGGCCAGCUGAGAAACGAGACGUCCCGGAGGAACUUCGUACGUACUGGAACUACAGAGACGAGAUGCACGUGGAAGAUGGGCUGGUCUUCAGGAGUAACAAAGUGGUAAUUCCAAAAGCCAAUAAGACGGAGAUUUUGAAACUUUUGCAUGCCGCACACGGGGGUGAAGCAAAAAUGAAGAUGCGCGCCAGAGAAGUGAUGUAUUGGCCGACCAUGUCAUGCGACAUUGAAGCUCUUGCAAAGUCAUGUGGGGUCUGCAUGAAGCAUAAGCCCAGAAACGCAAGAUUACCAUUACUGAGCCAUGAACUACCCAACCUACCAUGGCAGCUGGUGGGGCUAGACUUGUUCUACCACAACAAUCGAACUUUUUUGAUAAUUGUUGACUUCUACUCUUUCUUUUUCGAGAUCAAGGAACUGCGACAGUCCACGGCAUCUUUAGUGGUAUCCGCCUGUGCAGAAGUCUUCGCUACUCAUGGGAUACCAGCCAAGUUGUACAGUGACAAUGGGCCCCCCUUCAAUAGUUACAACUUCAAGGACUUUGUGACGCCCUCCUGGAAUGGCGCAACAGCCCAAGGGAUAACCUGCUCAAGUCACCAGUACAGAGGCUAAUGGGUCGUCAGACACGCAC